AUAUGAAUUUAUUGACUGGAGCUUGCUGUCAGAAUCUGAGAGCGGGAGUACUACACCACAGACCACAUCAAUGCGAUGUUACAAGCCGCGCUUGGCAACUUUCUUGAACGUCGUCACGGUGUACGUUUUUAUGUCCUGUCAUGCUGGAAUAAGAAAGAAGAAAUACCGAUGUUCUGCCUGUAUACGAAUUAUCACCCAACCAAGUAUCAUGAUAUGCAGUUACCUGAGUCUGUCAAGGCGGCCUGUGAGAGCAUUAAGGAGGGUCCAGCGGGGUGGUAUAUAGAUAGCGUUUCUUCUCAUUGGGGCUGGGAUUCUGAAGAGUACCAGUGGCCGGAGGAAUUACUGGUGAGUUUCUUACAACUACACCUUCAUACGCUGCUUAACUUCGAAGGCCUAGAAUCAGGAUAGUAUUCAAUGACCCAAUGCUCGAGUACUUACUUCUAUUUCUCCUCUUGAAUUACUGUCCAUUAAGUCUAAUCCGAAUGACAGUC